UUUUAUUAUUUUUCUAAGAAAAACAAAGAACAGCUUGUGGUUGUAAAUAGUUAUACCAACCAAUAACACCUACACGAUUACGUGCCAAACUCAUUUGUAUAUAUUACUACGCCAUGCCGGUGUUCUGAGUACAACCAUCUUGAAAACUCAUUGGCCAGAUAUGUUCAGAAUAUACUUAGGAAACUUGUCAAGUGACGUAACAGAAGAAACGCUGCGUGGCCUGUUCGAAGAGCAGGGAGUUGUACCGGUCAGCAACAUAUUGUUGAAAAGAAGCUUUGCUUUUGCAGACUGUGAAGAUCAGGAAACACUUGACAAGGCUGUUGACAAAUUAAACGGAUACAAACUGCUAGGUUUUGUAAUGCAAGUAGAACCGUCAAUGUCAAGACGAAGGAAGACAAACAAGAUACAAAUAAAGAACUUGCCAGCCAAUGUAACACGUGAAGAUAUCGAACAGCUAGUCAGCAACACACUAGGAAAUGCACAAAAAUUUGAAGAAGUUGGUGCUGAAGGCGUUGUGUAUGUGACUUUCGAGACUGCUGAACAAGCUCAACAGGCUGUUGCUGAAUUGCAUGGGUACAACUUGAAUGGUAACUUGUUGAAAGUGGAACUAGGUAACAAUCGCCCGAGAAGAACGAACAACAACAAUAGAACGGCAAACACAAACAACAACGCAGGCAUGAAUCGCCAGGAGGUUCCAUUAAGUUACCGAAGACAGUACAACCGAUAUGAACAGAAUAACCGUGGGAGAGAUCGCCCAGUUCAAGAAACACCAUUGAGAAUUGUUGUUGGGAGUGAAUAUGUGGGUGCAAUAAUCGGGAAACAGGGUCAGACUAUCAAAAACAUAACCUCACAGAGUCGAGCUAGAGUUGAUAUACAUCGCAGGGAUAAUCAUAGUCAAGAAACAUUAGUCACAAUUAAAGGAAGCCCUGAAAACUGUACAAAAGCUUGUAGAGAAAUCAUGAAAGUUGUUAAUGCAGAAGCGCAGGCUCUAAACAAGGGUGAAUGUGCACUCAAGAUUCUGUGUCCGAACAGUCUGUGUGGGAGAAUCAUUGGCAAGAAGGGAGCAGUAAUCAAGGGCUUCAUGCAGGAAUCAGAUACGCACAUUGUUGUAUCCAGUGAGGUAUUGUCUGCAUCCAAUUUACCCGAUAUGAAUAAUUACUAUGUGGACAGAAUUAUCACAAUAACCGGUUCACCUGAACAGGCGAGCAAAGCAGAGGAGCUGAUCAGUGAAAAGAUGAGGGCGUGCAUCAAUCAGGAUGCACAGUUGAAUUACCCCGGGCACCAGCAAAUGAUGUUCGGUGGUGUGCAGCCUUCCAUACCGAUGGUGCCAAACGUUAACUACAGAACGCAGUCCCAGUACCACUUCAUGAGUAACAACAUGUAUCCAGGUUUGUUUGCGGGUGCGACAAAUAUAAAUCAGCCACCGCAGCCUCAGUUGGAAAUGAUUUACCUCUACAUACCAGAAAACACUGUUGGUGCUGUUAUUGGUAGCAAAGGACUUAAUAUUAAAAACAUAAUGAGAAUAUCAGGAGCUCGCAUUAAGAUUGUACAAUCACAAAAAAAUGAAACUAAUGGGCAACAGAAUCAAAUACCAGCUCCAAGACAAAGUGAACGCAAAGUUAUAAUAACUGGCACCCCAGAAUCACAGUGGAAGGCACAGUUUUAUAUAUUUGAGCGGGUGCGAGCUGAGAGCAUGAUCAAUGAAGAGAUUCAUCUUCGUGCUGAGAUACUUGUACCAAAAUCUUCCAUUGGCCGCAUUAUUGGGAAAGGAGGACAGAACGUGAAGGAGAUGCAGCGAGUGAGCGGUGCUAUUGUGAAGCUACCUGAAGACCAAGGGGAUGAAGAAGAUGUUCCGGUGACAAUAAUUGGUCAUUUCUAUGCCAUUCAGUCGGCUCAGCGGAGAAUCCGAUCUCUGAUGUCGAACACGCCCAAUCUGAGACCACCCCGAGGACCACCCCGCCCUCAGCAAAAUGGAAACUAAGAUGCAGCCAGAAACCAACGUGAAUAGAUGAAAUCUGUGGUGAAGAAAAACUAAACAAAAAAACAACAACAAAAAAACCAAAGCCCUAUGACUCGAUCUUAUCACUUUAGUUGCACUAUGUAGUAGUUAAUUUUCCCCCCCCUAGAGGCUCUCAUUUUCUCCGAUUGCUCAGAAUUUAGGUAUAACUCGACCCACUGGUAUAGUUGUGGCCCUAUAAUUUGACCUAAUGGUACAGGUAUGGUCACACCUAUGAUCUACUUGGACAGGUGAGGUCGUCGAACUGAACUUGUCCGGGUGUGAUCUAUGUAACUUCACCACUGGUCAUAGUGGGUGUGGUCUUGUAAUUUCAACUAAGAAGGUUUGGCGGCCUGAUCCACCUAAUGGUAUAGAGGGUUUGGUCCAAAGGCAUCAAAAUGAUUCUAUGCUGAUGGAAGAGAUGAUGUAUUUGAAGGGACAUAAUACAUCGUGUAUUUUUGCAUUUUCUUCCAAACUGGAGGCAGCUUUUAUUAUUGUGGAUUUGCCAGUUUGGGAGAUUUUGUAGACGAUAUAUUUAUACAUUAUUGAGUUUGAACAAAUUUUAGAGUGGCAAUUGUUGCAUGUUGAAUUAUUGAUGGUCUUUUUUUUUCUUCUUUUUUUUUUGUAACAAAGUGAGGUGUUUAAAGGUUUAUUUUUGAUACUUGUUGAGAGAUGUUUUUUUUGUUAGAAUUUUUAUGACUUGAGUAGGGCACAUUUUACACCCUACUGUUAUUAUUGAUGGAAGAUAAAAACUUGGCAACAAUGACAAUCUGUUGAAAAUAUUGCCAUAGCAUUUCUGUUGAGCCUAGCAGUCUGUUGCUCACCUAAUUGCCAACCUUAACAGCAGUUUGAAUCAUAUCUGUAACUAAAUAACGGAAAUUGUGAAAGCCCCUCCAGCAUUGAACCAUUGAUUCCGUACUGUAAUGUGUCACAGGUGAAUGCCUACUGUGUAAUCUCUGCAUUCAGUCACUCAAGUCUUUUAAGUUUUUGAUGCCUUUCUCGCACAUUGUAGUUCAUGAUGUAUAGACCUACCCACCAACUCGGAUAAUGUAGGGAGAAAAUGACGAACUCUAUGGAUUUGUUGAUGCAUUCAUCAUCGAAAAAUAAUUAAUGCCAACUACUUAAUAUGUAUAUUUAGUGCAUUUUUAUUUAAUGUCAACUUUUCAUGUGAUGUUGUUGGAAGACUUAAUAAUUUUGAUCAUUUGAUUUAAAAAGAAAGAAAAAAGAUUCUGCAUACAACAUAUUUUGGUGGCAUAGCUGCUUUGCAUGGCUGACUGGCAUCUUGAUUUUUAGUUUGCUAACCUCUGCAGCUUUACCGAAACAUUGAUAACAUUUUUGUGUGUACGUUUCCUGUAUGGACAGAACGGUAAUACACACAGUUUUUCCAACACUAUAUUUGUGUUCUUGGGCCUAAUUCACAAAGCUCUUAAGCAACAUUGCAUCAUUGUUGCAAGUCCUUUGACAUUGCACUGCGAGAGUUUAGCAAAUUAGGGCCUUGGCGCUAAUUGACAGCUCUCUGGGGCUCUAGUAAGCAAACUCUAACUGCGAGAUCCCCAAUUCACUAAACUCUUGCAGCUCUGCAAUUUCGCAGUGCAAUGCUAAAAGACUUGCAAAGAGGAUGCUUUGUUGUGUAACGGAGCCCAAGAGAUCUUUGCGAAUAAGGCCCCAGGUCUGUUGUUAAAGCAGUUGUGAAAGUAACUGUUGCGGUCCAGUACUAUGCAUUCAGAUGGUGAUCUUGGACAAAACUACAUGGUUGUAUUUCUGUCUUGGUCAUCAAGAAAACAUUAGUGCCACUUCAAUGAAAAGUUUUCAUUAAUAAUUAGGUAAAUUUGUGAAAUAAAUGUAGCUGUUAAGAUGUUAAAAGUGUUAAGCAGUUUGUCUUGUUUACAGUGUAAAUGUUCACUUAGAAAACGGUUUCUUGCAUGGAUUAUCAAGGAUUAUUGAGACAGGCUUAUUUAGCCCUUGAAAAGCCUCAACUAUUUUACAUAUUUGUUUUCAGGUUAGUUUGAAAUUGUUUUUGUUAUUAUUAAUGGCAUUAUUGACAUACUCAAUAUUUUUUGUCUGGCCAGUAUAUGACUUGAGGGUAGUCCAUUCAUUGAAAGGUUAGUUCUGUAUAGAUAUUACAAAAGAAAAGAAAAAAUGUUUAAAAAAAAAGUUUGCUAAUUAAUCUUGUCUUUGUAGGCUCGGUUUCAAUGCUGAUUUUGUAGCAUAAAAACUGGGCUUGCAUUGUUUUAAUUGAUUUGCUAAUGUGUAUUUGUGUAUUUGAAAACAAUGGAGUAAGCAAAAAUAAUCUGCAGGAAUACGAUAACAAAAUAUUUGUAAUAAACAGGUGAUUAGCUUUUAUUGUUCCUGUGACAGUGACAGUUAUGAUUUUGAAUGAAAUGAUGUAAAAACAAUCGCACGUUAAUCAUUUCCAUGCAGAUGUUUUUGGAAACGCCUCCUACCUCUUUGAUAUAUAUGGAUUGUUAGGUUGUGGGGAAAUACAUUUAUGCCACCAUGGUUAGUUGUGCAUCACUGCCACAUAAUACUUGACAAGUGACCCAUCUUCCUGAAAUCAACUACAUUUUACGUCAGAAAGUCAAAAUACAGUUUUAACAAUCAAAGUGAAGAUCGGUUUUUCUGUAUAUUAUUAUUAUUAUUGUGACCCGAGGUAAGCUAAAACACUGGUUUUAUUCUGGGUCUUGUUACUGAAGAGGGAAUGAUGAUGAAAUUAUUCUGCAUGACACUGCUGCAAAGCCAACCAUCUUGAAACUCAUAGCGUGGAUGCUGAAUUUAUUCUAGAUUACCAAGGCCGAGACCAUUUCAUUUGUUCUGAAAUGUGGAUUAAUGGUAAAGUAAAUUAAUGAGUAUAGUGUUGACUGUAGUUUGCCAUCCACACCAGACAAAUGCCCAAUAUAUUUGCAUCAUUUCAACAUCGGGCUCGAACUAUAGUUCAUGCAUUAGGCAUUGAACAUAAUGAAAUACUUGAAAGGCCAUUUUAGCAACACAAGUAGAAUUAGUCUCGUGUUUUCAUUUCACAUUCAAGGAAUUGUCGUGGAAGACUAAAGUUUUCUUGCAGUGACAUUUCAUUUAAAAAUUCUGAGGGUACCAUAUUGGAUACAUAUCGGAAAUUGUAUUGAAAAAGAAAACAUGACAUUUAAUUUUACUAUUGGUUACAAGCUGUUAUUUCGACACUGAAAAUGGAUCAUCCAGUAUUCACCUUGCAGCGAGUAGAGCUUUUUGUGUGUAAACUUGAGUGUUACUGUGAAAUGGCUUUAUCAUACAAUCUGCAUUGGCUGACAUGUCUUUUGUUUUUCAUUUUUGUGCACUAAAAAAAAAGUUCCAUCAAUCUGGAAUAAAUUCAGCAUGUUUUUGUUGUACAAUUUUCAACCUUUAAAACUUUAGAAUAGUGCAUAUUUAAUCUGUGUUAUUAGUCGAUGGUUUACAUUUUAGUCACUAUUGAAGGGAAAAAAAAAGAGAAUUACUCAUUUGUUUUUGGCUUUGACAGUUUGAUUACUUUAUAUAAUUUUUUUUUCCCAAUGGUUUUGACAGUAUUGCGUGUAUCAGUUCUGUAUUGCUGCAACACACACCACCUUGAAAACCAAAAACAGGUAGUAAAACGGAGAUGAUCACCCAGCAUGGCGUUACCCAACUUGUUGAUACUGCUGUGUCAUUACUUUAACUUACAGAGCCAGGUUACCACUGAUAGAUGUGUCAGGUGUGAUCGUUGUGCCGAUAUCGCAACCUACAGUCAGUUACUGGGGCAACCACUUUAGUGGCAGCCAGAUAAUGUUGCAAUAUCUUGUUAAAUCUCCUUUUUCUGCCAACAAAAAAUAAAUUAUUCUAGUAAAA